AUGUCUGACUACGGUGGAGGAGAGGAUGAUUACAAUGCUCCGGACGAGCCCGCCUUCGAGGAGGAUGAAAUCCAGGAAUACUAUGACCCCGAACCGGCUGAGGAGGGGGAGGAGUCGCGCUAUGCAAACCAUGACGACGACGCAGACAAUGUGAUCGUAUCUGGCGAUCCGUCGGCGGCGGCAAACCAGGGCAAGACGCCCGAGAAGUCGCACAAAGACAAGAAGAUUCCCAAUGACCAGAGGACAACGACGCCUUACAUGACAAAGUAUGAAAAGGCACGCAUUCUGGGAACACGUGCCCUGCAGAUUAGCAUGAACGCCCCAGUACUGGUCGAUCUUGAGGGAGAAACAGAUCCCUUGCAAAUCGCUAUUAAAGAGUUGCGAGAGAAGAAAAUCCCCCUUAUCGUGCGACGAUACAUGCCUGAUGGAUUCUACGAGGAUUGGACAUGCGAGGAACUGCUCCAGUGA